AUGACCUACCAGGAACUAUUGUACCUAUUCGGAAGUUUGAAGACACCCACCCCAGAGGUAAUCGCUGAAGAAUCUACGUACGCCGAGCCACGCGUCGCCGCCCAACAUACUUCAUUGCAUCCGACGAUAUUGUGUUACGCCGAAGGAGCUUCCUUAUCACUGCCCGAGAAAGAAGAGCUAAAUAAAUUCUUGCUCGCCAAUCGUGCCACCAGCGCGCAGCGGGGAGUCUACUCCUUACGUGUUCGAAAUGGAUAUUCUUGCGUGCCUGUUGCCUUAGCCGAAGGACUCGAUAUUAAAUUAAAUGCGUCUGUGCGGAAAGUAGAAUACAGCCAAACUGGCGUGGAGGUCACAGUUUAUAAUCCUCGCAACACUGCUUCAACAAAUACAUAUCAUGCUGAUGUGGUACUUUGUACCCUACCGCUUGGUGUUUUAAAAGUAGCAGUUGCUGCUACCAGCGGCCAGCUUAACACCGUACAGUUCAGUCCGCCGCUACCAGACUGGAAGACGUCCGCCAUUCAGAGAUUGGGAUUUGGAAAUUUAAAUAAAGUUGUCUUGUGUUUCGAAAGAAUUUUUUGGAAUCCGCAGGCUAAUUUGUUUGGUCACGUUGGAAGUACGACGGCAAGCAGAGGGGAGCUCUUCCUGUUUUGGAAUCUGUAUAAAGCCCCAGUAUUGCUGGCCUUGGUUGCCGGAGAAGCCGCAGCUAUUAUGGAGAACGUUACCGAUGACGUCAUCGUUGGAAGAUGUAUAGCUGUACUUCGUGGAAUAUUUGGACAAAGUGGCGUUCCUCAACCGAAGGAAACCGUUGUAACCAGAUGGAGAGCAGAUCCAUGGUCUAGGGGAUCUUACAGCUUUGUUGCUGUUGGUAGCUCCGGAAGUGACUACGAUUUGUUGGCAUCUCCCGUCAUUCCACCUAAUGAUCAAGGUGUUUCCGUAACGUCAGGCCCGGCUAAACUGUUUUUCGCCGGCGAACACACAAUUAGAAACUACCCCGCUACGGUCCACGGAGCCUUUUUGAGUGGCUUACGCGAAGCCAGCCGAAUCGCCGACCAAAUAAUUGGAAAUUUGUCUCAUCCUAGUGCAAGUUUAGGAAAUUAAUUGGUUUGUUUACCUAUAAUAAUGCAGUUCUUAUUUUUUUUAGUACAUUUGUCAAUCAUUACUUCUGCCUUUCACUUUUGUAUUAUUAACAACGAAUUGUAACUAGAUUACACAUAUUUCAUAAAUAAAGAUUAAAGUAUU